AUGGGGACCAAUUACGUAUCAGUGAAAUUCCCUUCCUCACCGCACCUUGCGGCCCCUCGCCUUGCAGUCUGCCUGUUAAUCACAAGUGUCCAACGCUCCGCCCCCACCCCCUCCACCUCCACUCGCCCGAACCUCGCCACCCCCGUCAUGUUCCACCCUUCCCCCGCCCUCCGCUCCUCCUCCACCCCGCACUCCCUCUCCGCCCCUUCCUCCUCCCCACGCAUUGCUUCCCCUCCUGCCUUCGCCCCCUCCUCCCCGCGCAUUGCUGCCUCUCCUUCCUUCGCCCCCUCCUCCUCCCCACGCAUGGCUGCCUCUCCUCCCUCCGCCCUCCCCUACUCCCCACGAAUUGCUUCCUCCUCUUCCUCCGCCCCCUCCUCCUCCCCUCGCAUUGCUUCCUCUCCUGCCUUCGCCCCCUCCUCCUCCCCUCGCAUUGCUUCCGCUCCUGCCUUCGCCCCCUCCUCUUCCCCUCGAAUUGCUUCCUCUCUUCCCUCCGGCCCCUCCUCUUCCCCACGCAUUGCUUCCUCUCUUCCCUGUGCCCCCUGCUCUUCCCCUCGCAUUGCUUCCUCUCUUCCCUCCGCCCCCUCCUCUUCCCCACGCAUUGCUUCCUCUCUUCCCUCCGCCCCCUCCUCCUCACCAUGCAUUGCUUCCUCUCCUACCCACGUGUCCGCCAGCUCUUUUGUCGCCUCAUUCUGUGCCAUCCGCGUUACAGAGUCACGGCUUGCCCCUCCAUCCUCUGCGGACCCCACCUGCUGCUCCGUUAUCAGCAGCCCCGCUGCUCCCUGA